CUGCUGGGGGGGGAGGGGCUCCGGGGCCGGCGCGCGCGGGAACUGCUGCGCGCGCUGCUGGUGCUGGGGCUGUGCGCGCGGCCCGCGCUCGUGCGGGGGGCGGGGCGGCUCCUCCCUCUGGCCCCUCCCCCCCUGCGCGCGGCCGUGUACGCGCAGUUCGUGGCCGGCCCGGACCGCGCAUGCGCACUGCAGACGGCCGCGCGCCUGCGCACUGAGGGGCUGCGCGCUGCCCUGGCGCUGCCCUGCGAGAGCCCCGGGGGGCGGGGCCAGCAGGGUGAGAGCUGGUUCGAUGCCAACCAUGGGGCAGCCCUGGAAUGUGUGGGGCUGGCGGCAGCCACAGGGCCUGGGGCCAUGAUGCAGCUGAAGGUGACGGCCAUGAUGGACGCCGAGCUCUGCGCCACCAUUCAGCAGCGGAUGCAGGAGCCGGGAACGGAGGUGACACCAGAGCUCUUCAUUGAGGCCAUGGGGGGCAAGGUUGCUCCGUCCCUGCCCUUCCUGACCCCACAGCAGAACCAGCACCUUGGGGCCUCCCUGCGGCGCUUGGACAGCGUGGCCCAGGCGGCUGUGGCUCAGGGGGUGACCCUCAUGGUGGACGCGGAGCAGACCCACCUGCAGGGGGCGCUGCGGGUCAUGACCCUGGCUCUGAUUGGUCGGCACAACCGGGGGGCGGAGCCUCGAGUCUGGAGCACAGUGCAGGCCUAUGUGCGGGGCGCUGAGCAGAUGCUGACCAUGGAAGCCUCCUGGGCCCGGCGCUAUGGGGCUGGCUAUGGGGUGAAGCUGGUCCGAGGAGCCUACCUGGAGGAGGAGAGGAUCAGGGCCCAGAGGUUGGGGGUCCCAGACCCACUGCACCCCACAUUGGAGGCCACACACCUCAGCUAUGGGGCCUGUCUGGAGCUGGCUCUGGCACUGGUGGUCCAGGAUCGGGUCAGGCUCAUGGUUGCCACACACAAUGAGGCCUCAGUGAUGCAGGCAGUGCAGCGCAUGGAGGCCUUGGGCAUCCCCCGCCGGGGGGGGGUCUGCUUCGGGCAGCUCUAUGGGAUGUGUGAUCACGUGACCCUGGCGCUGGGUGGUUCCGGUUUCUCGGCCUUCAAGUCAGUUCCGGUGGGACCGGAAGGGGCGGUGCUCCCGUACCUGCUGCGGCGCGCGCAGGAGCACCGGCAGGGGGCGCUGCUGCGCACGGCGGCCGAGAGAGCGAUCCUAUUGGCUGAGCUGGGGAGGAGGGUCCGGAAGCCCCCCCCACCGCCUCGGACCCCCUCCAGGUCGACCUCCUCCCGGUCCUGA